UUAUUUAAUGAAUAAAUUAAUUUGAUUGUAUGCCAUAAAGAUAUAGUAUAGUAUAUUAAAUCAUUUAUCUGCUUUAAUUAAUUUUUCAAACUAAAAAGAAUGGCUAAAAAACCUAGUUUAUAUCUUUUUAUAAAAAAUGAGCUUCUCCUUUUAUUUUUAAAGGGUAUUAGAGGACUAUUUGAAAACAAGGCUAGGGAGAGAUCUUAUAAUUUUUAUCCAAAAUUAUUCGGAUUUGGAGCAACAUUUUUUGGUUACUUUUGGCUGAAGCAGCAACUCAAAUUUGAAUUUGACUAAAGACCUCAAAUAAAUAUUUUAAUUCCUGAAUUUAUUUAUAAAUCAAGAAGAGAACAUCAUGUUUAUUGGGAAAUGUCAAGAUUGGCAAGAGGUAAAUCAACAACUUUCACUCAUUACAUUUGGGAUGAUGAAUCUAAAAUGGUGUACUACAUAGACAAAAAAGGAAAGCAAUCAUUUGAAAAAAAUAUAUUUUCAAGAGAAAGAUUAGAUGUUUCAGAUAACCCACUCUUUGAAAAAAUACUAAGAGCACCUUCAAUAACUCCUGAGCUAUUUAAAAGAGGAAACGAACUUAUUGCUUAUACUAAACAUAUGGAUAAUAGAUAUGACUUAGAUAACUAUUUGCACUAGAAGAGUAUAACUAUAAGUGAUUGGAUUAGGGCUAUAUAUUACUAAAUUUGGCUAACAUUCUAAAUUUCUAAUAGAUAUCGUUAUGACCACUUUAUAGGGAAAUAUGAUUUUAUUUACGAUUUUGAAAAAGUGAAGCUUGCUCUAAAUAUUCAAGGAAAAAACUAAGUUUCUUAAACCACUGAUUACUUAAAAGUUUUCAUUAAUUUUACUGAUUAUAUUAUAAAUAGCAUAUAAGAACAUGUUAAUUAGAAGGAAUAAACUAAUAAAUCAAAUUGAAAAAAAACUAAUAUUCUAAAAAAUAUUUACUAAAGUUUAAAACAAAACCAAUAAUAAAUCGAUAUAAGCUAAUCAUAUCUUCUCAAAAUUUUAUAAAUGUUUACUUUUAAUAAUAA